UCCUCCUCCUCCUCCUCCUCCUUCUUCUUCUUCUUCUUCUCCUCCAACUGGUGGAGCAACAUUAGGAAACGGUGUUGUUCUGUUUCUCCAUCUGUGAUUAAAAGCUUCAGAGUUCCCUUCGGAGGAGGAGGAGGACAAUAAAAUGUCUUCCUGGGUGAAAUCAGCAGGAGCAGCCCGGCGGUCGCAAGCUAACCCCAACGGCAGUGCUCAACAGCUGCGGCUGUUCCGGAGAGCAGCGCCCUACCCCCCCCGGGAGGAGAGGACCGAGGAGCUGAAGGAUGCCCUGGACAGUUAUGAAGAACUGGAGCAAAUGCAAACAUACACUGCGAAGCCAAGUGUGAAGUAUGAGGGCUACAAGCAUCAGCCCAAUGCCCACUCAGCCAAGCCAGACGGCUGCACUCCAGCAGACAGACGUAAAGCCCUGUAUCAGAAGUUCUACAGGCAGGUGCAGGAGGAGAGGAAGCCGGCCGACUGCGUGGUCCUCUCCGUCACCAGCCAGUGCCUGGAUUACCCCAAAUCGCUAAGCCAGUGCUUGCAGGAGCGUGGCCUGUCAGUGGAAAUGCUCUACCUUCAGGCGGAAUCGGGCCUGACCCGGGCCCUGCAGGAUGUCCGAGCAGAAGGCUCCUCGUUAUGUAUUCUGGUGGAGCAGACAAACGUAGCUCUGUCCUCCUGCACUGUUAUCAUAUUCUCAGAAUCCCUCAAAAUCCAUCGCAACAUGCCCAAAGACCAGGCAAUGGACUUUGUUGCAGCCGAGUACAGCCGCGGCCUCGUCAAAGAGCGCCCUCCGAGGGACCCCGCGGACAUCGCAGCGCAGGCGUCGCAGCUGCUGGAUGACUUUCUGGAUCGAGAAAAGAUCGAGCGCCACACUGUUCCCUCUGAAACCCGUCCGCUCCUCAUGCUGUUAGCUGAGGGGGUCCAUCUCUACUCCGAGGAGCUGGAAACCAUCUCAGAAUACGUCCGUUCCCGGCAGGAGCACCUUCAAGUAUCCAACACGGAGGGGGAGAGGGGUAACAUGUUACCUCCAGGACUGGGGAAACCACCUCCUCUGCUCCCUACUCCACCUGGGCCUCCUCAACUGCAGUCUGGACCCGGAGCAGGGGGGUCCAUGAUGGACCACAAUGCUUCUUCACCCUCUCCUCUCUUGCCUUCACCAGACGCGUCUCUCCUUUUAGGCUCUUACCCCAAAACCAAACCCCCGCCGCUGCUGUCCUUGCAUCGACCUCCCGGCCCAUCAUUAGGGGCCCCAUCUCAGCGAGGCCCCCUGUCCUCGCACAUCCCCUACGGCGCCCCCACUUUGCCUCGUGGACCCCUACUCCACCAUGCUCCUCCAUACCACUCUGGCUCCAGAGGCCCUCAUGGGAACAGAGGAGCCCCGCCAUCUCUAAAGAGUUCCCGCCCUCCACUUCUCUCUUCUCCAGGUGCCCCUCUUCUACGACCGAGCGGCCCCCGACACUAGGAAAUGACACACACGUUGCCAGCUGUGUUUGGAAGUUUUCACCCAACUCCUGAACAGAAGACUCCUGGUCCUACUUAGGAUAUCUGUAAUGAACUUUCUAAAAAAACAACAAAAAAAACAACACCCAGUAGUAAACCACAUGCAGUUAGAUGGAAAGAUGUUAGUUAAAGUUUGAUAUUCUCACUUUAUUGUGGAUGGACUGAUGGAAGAUGGUAUGGAGUAUUGUAAUGACCGGUCAUUUUAAGCAUAUUUUCCAACAUCCUUCUGUUGUCAUUAUUUUCCUUUGAUGAUUUACAGCAUUUCUCACCCAUCCCAUUAAAAAAGCAUGUUCUGUACUUCCAGUUUGCCUUUUAUAGGGCCCACACUGUUGGGGUCGGUUACUGUGACAAGCUGCAUAAACCUUGAAGGUCUGACUCACCUAGCUCAAAUAAAAACCCCUUAAUCCCGGUGACUGAUUGACAGCUGGUUCAUAUUUCAGGCAGCAAAAAGGCGAGGUAUCGCCGGUCACACGAUGGUGAAGGGACUUUUAUUUUUCCUGUAUAUAAAGAACAUAGCAAGUACCUGCCAUAUACAGUGUUUCAAGAUGGUGCUCAAGAUUUCAACACUCCACAACCAAUGGAAAGUUUGUUCAUACGAGCUGUUUUAUUUAUAUCUCACUUUUUAGCACAAGUAAUCCCUCUGAAGGAGUUUGUGGAAUGGUUCUCAUUCUAAAGUUACAUGUACAACGAAUCCUUUAUAAUUUAUUACAUUCACUUGUAUGUAAUGCUUCGUAUGCUUUGUUCAAGUGAGAUCAUAUAGAUCAUAUACCCUGGCAGUGAAAGUAUGAUUCCCCCCAGUAACAUCUGGACUUCUCACAGGCUUUGUUUUGUCAUCCUGAAUAUAAAAUGUACCAUUUUGUGUUGCUUUAAAGGACAAGACACAGAUAUCUGAUAGGAAGAAGAACCUCGUUGUAUAUUCUGUCUCUAAUUUAGGAAGAAUCCAGGUGAACUAAUACUGAAUUUCCACUGCUACACGUCUGGCCAAGCAGGGCGUGCCAUUAAACCCACUGUAGUCUCAGAAUCUCUGAUGGUUUGACCCGUAAUGAGAUGAUCACUCUGGAUUAUUCCAUUUCAGGGAAACACUCAUAAAUCAUUUUGUACUGUAACAUUUUUGCGGCUGUGUGUUGUUGAUUGUUUUUUAACUUUUCACUCAUUGCUAGGAACUGUAUAGUAUUCUGGUUUGGUUGUUAAUAUUCAUUUUGCAAUACCUUGUGUGGCAUUUGUGGAGUCCGGUGUCGCUGUUAAUCCACAACGGCUCACUGUGUGUAUUUGUGUUGUUACAUUUGGUUGUGAGUCCAUCGAAGUGCAACAGAACAGCGAUUACACACCAGAGAGAAAUCAUUUGUGAUAAGAAUCUCCCUUUUAAACUGCUCAACAUUUGCUUCUGUUCUGUAGAUAUUUAAAUCCUGCACUCUCUCUUUGGUUUUUUUAUAUAUACGUAUAUAAAUUGUAAAUGUCCAACUACUUGGCACCCUGGAUUAGUUUUCUUUGAUAUGAAGCUGUUGUUCAACAUCUGUGGAAGAGGAAUCUUUAAUAUUUUCAAAGAAAACACCUACAAAUGUUUGAAUAUGUUAUUUUGGUUUGAUGAGCAUUUCAAUUGUUUUUAUUUUGUUCAAGAGAGAAUGAACCACGAGAAAUAAAGACGAUCUUCAUUAA